UUUUAGACAUAAGUUUACCAUCACGAUAGUUUCGAAUUCAACCAUCGAUCACAUUACUGUCAACGUCGAGCUCUUCCACCUCUAACACUCUGCUGGGCAAGUUGAACCUGGCCAAAAAGCGGGCCAUUUUAGCCGGACAGACGGAAGAGCGCCAACGCGACUACCACUAGUUGCUCGCACCCGACGCCACAACCCCUGCCAGCUGUGCCCAGUUAGCUCCGGUCGUAGAGCACCUUCCAGCACAGCAGCCGCUCCACGUGUCCCGAUCCGAGCCGAUCUAUUGGAGGAGAAAGCGCCAUCAACAAUCAGCGAUGCAGGUGCAGGGGCUUCUCCUAGUAUUGGCACUGCUGCCAACACUGGCCCUCGGCCUGCUGGAGGGAUUGUACUGCGGCAAGGAGAACUGCUACGAUGUGCUGGGCGUUACCAGGGAGUCCUCCAAGUCGGAGAUCGGCAAGGCCUACCGCCAGCUGGCCAGGCGCUAUCAUCCGGACUUGCAUCGCGGCGAGGAGGCUAAGGCAACGGCGGAGACACAGUUUAAGCUGGUGGCCACCGCCUACGAGAUCCUGAGGGACGAGGAGUCGCGCACGGACUACGACUACAUGCUGGACAAUCCGGAUGCGUACUAUGCGCAUUACUAUCGCUACUACCGUCGCCGCGUGGCCCCCAAGGUGGACGUGCGCGUUGUCAUCGUGGUGGUGCUCACUAUUGUCUCCGUGAUCCAGUAUUAUUCCGGCUGGCAGCGUUACGAUUCUGCCAUCAAGUACUUCGCCACGGUGCCCAAGUACAGGAAUCAGGCGCUGGACAUAGCACGCGACGAGAUCCAGGAGCGCAUCCAGAAGAAGGGCAAGAACCGCAUGUCGAAGACGGAUCAACGCGAGGAGCUGGAGCGCAUCAUCCGUCGGGUGAUCGAGGAGAAGAUGGACGUCAAGGGCGGCUACGCGAAGCCAACGCUCUGGGAUGUCCUGUGGGUGCAGCUCAUUAUCUGCCCAUACACGAUACUCUCGUUCAUCGUGUGGCAUGCCCAGUGGUUCUGGCGCUAUACGGUGUUGAAGCAGCCCUAUGGCCGCGAGCAGAAGCUUCAUCUUAUACGCCGGAACCUGGGCAUGGGCCAGCAUCAGUUCGAGGCGCAGGAGGAUAAGCUAAUCGAGGAGUAUCUGCAUCUUGAGCUGUGGAAGCGUGACAAUUUCGUGGCCUGGAAGGCGGAACAGGAUGAAGAGAUGAAGAAGAAGCUGGCGGAGAAUCCGCGCUACAAGGCCUACCGGCGCUACAUGAAGAACCAUGGCCCCGGGCGCAUCACCUUCGAGGAUUAGGCAGCUAGCUGUUGUGAGUGUGAAUGCGUUCAAGUUUUAUUGUUCCAUGUGGAGUUCUGGAUGCAAUUCCUUAGCCUCGCCCCUACCGUCUAAAUUUUAAUCAUAAUAUUUAAUAUACACAUAUAUAUUUUUUGUACACCGACUAAAAUAUGAGAGAAUAUGUAAAUGCCCCGGCAUCCCCCAGCCGUAGGGCGAAUCGUUGACCCCGUGCCGGAGUGCUCCGCCGAAACCGGUUCAAGAACGUGGCCAAUCUCGGCGGUUCACUCCGCCACAGUGGUCGCCGGCUACCAUGGACUAUAAAUCACCCUAGAACAAUUGCCCCAAACUAAAUAGUGUGUGUGUAUAUGCGUGCGUGCAAAGAGCGAAAUACUAACAACACAUGAUACUUGACUAACCCGAGCCUGUAAUAAACUAGAUAGAAUUUA